AACUUGGCAUGUCCGGAAGUUAAAAAAAUGACCUCGUCACCUCUUUACACUGUUCCUUUGGCAUAAUUUUUGAAUGUGAAAGCGAAUGUUUAUUGUAAUUUGAAAGUUGGGGUUAUUGUGCUAUAGUCAGUAUUCAGUUUUAUUUAUUUAAAUGGCCAGUAGAACACAAGAGCGGUCAUUUUAUUUUUUUUGAGUGUAGUGUUUGUGCCAUACUAUAGAUGUAGCAGAUUAGUUAAUAGCUCUCGAUCUGUUGCAUUAUCUCCUAAUGUUUAAUACUUUAGAUUUUUUUUUAGUUAUCCCUAACGAAAGAAACCAGUUUUCUCUCACGCUUUAUGCCUUAUGUGGGGAACUGAGUUAACUGUAUGUCGAUGGAAAGUGUGCGGUGGGCGUUCCGGUAUGGUGCCUGGUCCCCGACAAGAGUUGAGUGGCUGCUGGCAGCUCGUUGUGUACAACCAGAAGAAAAGGAUAGAAUUGGCCAGUUCAUUUAUACCAAAGAUGCGAAAGCUGCCAUGGUGGGACGUUUGCUGAUGAGGAAGGUUAUUGCUGAAAAACUGCAUAUUCCUUGGAAUGAAAUUAUUCUACAAAGAACAGCAAAAGGCAAACCAUUUCUUACUAAUUCUGUGCCCAGUAUGUUAUCGACCUUCAACUUUAAUAUUUCUCACCAAGGCGACUAUGCAGUUCUUGCUGCUGAGCCUGUACUUCAAGUUGGGGUUGAUGUCAUGAAGACAAGCUUACCAGCCAGAGGGUCUGUACCAGAGUUUUUUAGGAUCAUGAAACGACAAUUCACAGACCUGGAAUGGAAUGUCAUCAAGUCAUCGGGAAGUGAAUGGGAACAGAUGGACAUGUUUCAUAGGCACUGGGCACUAAAGGAAAGCUUUAUAAAAGCUGUUGGAGUUGGUGUUGGAUUUAAUUUGCAAAGAAUUGAAUUUCAUGUGUCACCGUUACGCAUAAACACUGAACAGGUCUGUAAAGAGACAGCUAUGUUUCUGGAUGGAGAACAUGAAGAAGAGUGGGCAUUUGAAGAAACAAAGCUGGAUAAUGAUCAUCAUGUUGCAGUUGCCCUUGGAAAGCCAACUGGAUCCUGCCCAGAUCAUUCUGAGGUUCUUUUGCCAGAAAGCAAGAACAUACCACAGUUUACAACUUUGAAUUUUCAUGAACUGUUGACAGUGGCCAUUCCAAUGACACCAGAGGAUCCUGCAUAUUGGGACUGCUUCAGUUCUAAAGAAGAAUCCCCAGUAUGUCAGACUCCUGUGCAGAAAUGAUGACUGCGAUCUGACUGAAAUGUUUUACCACUUUUAAAGACACUGUAGAAUUUCAGUGCUGCAUUUGCUUGUCUGCAUCUUUAUUUCCUUAUUAUAAUUACAAUUUCUAAACAUCAUGAAAAGAAUCCACAGAAGUCUUGUAAAUCAAUAAGGAAAUAUCAUGAAUAGAGCAUUUUGUGUUUUUCUGAAUGUCAUUUGGCCAAGGUUUGAUUUAAUUCUGAAGAAUGUGAUCUGAUUUUCUCAAGCUUCAACCUGUAGAUUAGGGUUGCCACCUGUUCAAAUGCCCAAAGUGGGACAUUUUUGGUACAAACGUCAGAUUUUGCAGGGCAAAACAUACCCAUGGCCAGUACAAAGGAC